ACCUCAACAUAACAACCAACAAUCAAGUUUCCCGCGUUAACUAACAACAAGUGGUUUUCUUUGUUGAAGGUGUUUUUUGCUAAUAAAACCAAAAGCGUUCAUUUGGACUGAAAAACAUUUGAUUAACAUUAAAAUGAAUCCCGAGGAUGAGUACUCUCCACUUACAACUCCUGGUGGGCCUCGCUCUAACGCGACCUCCCUCGCAGGAGAUUUAGAGCAAUUUGAAGAUGAAACUGCACUUUUGGGUGAGUUGUCGCACGACUUCGACCAGAUGGAGGAGGAAGGAGAAGAGUUGUUUGGCGAUAAUAUGGAGGCAGAUUAUCGUCCUAUGCCAGCGCUCGAUCAGUAUGAUAUGAACAAUUUAGACGAAGAGGAUUACGACGAUCUCUCUCCAUCUGCACGUUUGGCUGCAGAAGUGGAAAUGCGAAAACGCGAUCGGGAUCUGGGUGUAUUUCGGCAUGACGAUCGUCAUUUAUUUUAUGACAAAACAGACGAAGAUGAGGGUCCAAGAGAGAAACGUAGACGUGCCGAAAAGGCGGCUACAGGACUAAUCGAAGAUGAAGAGAUGAUCGAGUCAAUUGAAAAUUUGGAUGACACCAAGGGUUACAGUAUUAAAGAUUGGGUGAAUAUGAUCGGUCCCAAGACUGAAAUUGCGAAUCGAUUUAAAAAUUUCAUUCGUACUUAUGUCAACGCCAAGGGUCAGUAUGAGUAUAAGGAUAGCAUUAGGAGAAUGUGUGAGAAUAAUGAGUCCAGUUUUGUUGUGGAAUUUCCCACGUUGGCUAGAGAACAACAUGUGCUUGCUCUAUUUUUACCCGAAGCACCCACACCAAUGCUAGAAAUAUUCGAUAAGGUGGCAAAGGAGAUUGUUUUGUCAAUGUAUCCAAGUUAUGAACGUGUGACUAGUGAAAUACAUGUGCGCAUAUCCGAAUUGCCACUAAUAGAAGAACUUAGUGUGUUAAGGAAACUUCAUGUAAACCAACUAAUACGUACGGUAGGAGUUGUAUCUGCAACAACGGGAAUACUUCCUCAGUUAUCCAUUGUCAAAUAUGAUUGUAAAAAGUGUGGCUUCAUUUUGGGACCGUUUGUACAAACCCAAGAUGAAGAAGUACAACCAGGAACUUGUCCGGAAUGUCACAGUAUGGGACCAUUUAUGAUUAACAUGGAACAAACCCUAUACCGCAACUAUCAGAGAAUUACAUUGCAAGAACCUCCGGGUAAAGUACCUUCAGGGCGCGUUCCUCGUUCCAAAGAUUGCAUAUUACUAGCAGAUUUAUGCGAUCGCUGCAAACCUGGCGACGAGAUUGAUGUUACCGGGGUUUACUCUAUAAGUUAUGCCGGUAGUUUUAAUGUCGAACAAGGCUUUCCCGUAUUUUCGACCGUUAUAUUUGCCAAUCACUUGGUGGUCACUGAUUGCAAGAAAAUAGUGCAGUCGCUUACUGAUGACGACAUUAAUACGAUUAUUAAAAUGAGCAAAGAUCAUCGCAUAGCUGAUCGUAUUAUUGCGUCAAUUGCACCUUCAAUAUAUGGACAUGAUUUCAUUAAACGAGCGUUAGCUUUGGCACUUUUUGGUGGAGAGCCCAAAAAUCCAGGUCAAAAACAUAAAGUGAGAGGUGACAUAAACGUCUUGAUGUGUGGUGAUCCAGGUACUGCAAAAUCCCAAUUUUUAAAAUGUGUGGAAAAAAUCUCUCCACGAGCCAUAUUUACAACUGGUCAGGGUUCCAGCGCGGUAGGUUUAACUGCGUACGUCCGAAGAAAUCCAACAGACCGCGAAUGGAUGUUAGAGGCUGGAGCGUUAGUGUUAGCGGAUCGUGGUGUGUGUCUGAUUGAUGAAUUUGAUAAAAUGAACGAUCGCGAUCGUACUUCAAUCCACGAGGCUAUGGAGCAACAGUCUAUCUCCAUAUCUAAAGCUGGUAUAGUUACAAGCUUACAAGCACGAUGCUCAGUAAUUGCCGCCGCUAAUCCUUCAAACGGACGGUAUGACGCCAGUAUGUCAUUUAUUGAAAAUGUCAAGUUAUCUGAUCCUAUUUUAUCACGUUUUGAUAUCUUAUGUGUUGUAAAAGACGAACCCGAUCCUCUUCAAGAUGAUCUUAUGGCUCGAUUUGUAAUAUCUUCACAUAUUCGCCAUCAUCCUUCAAAUGCAAGCAACGCCUCCAAUUUCCAAUUUCAGGACAGCAAUUUAAUCAUUCCCCAACAGAUAUUGAAAAAAUACAUUGUGUACGCCCGUCAGAAUGUUCACCCAAAGCUGAGAAAUAUGGACCAAGAUAAAGUUGCAAAUAUAUACAGUCAUUUACGACAGGAGUCGAUGGAAACUGGAAGCUUACCAAUUACGGCACGGCAUAUUGAGAGUAUGAUACGUAUGGCAGAAGCCCAUGCCCGUAUACACCUACGAGAAUAUGUUCAAGAAGAGGACGUUAACAUGGCGGUCCGUAUAAUGUUGGAGAGUUUUGUCGAAACUCAAAAGUAUACUGUUAUGAAGUCGAUGAGACAGACAUUCCAUCGCUAUCUUGGCUUUAAGAAAGAUCACGGUGAACUUUUGUUGUAUAUCUUGAAACAAUUGACUCAAGACCAACGUGCAUUUUUGUCAGGUACAAAUGCAGCAAAAUCACUUACAAUAGAAGUUGAUGAGAAAGAUCUAAUGGACAAGGCUAAGCAACUCGACAUUCGAGAUCUGAAACCGUUCUACAAAAGUAAAAUAUUUGAAAAUAAUCAUUUCACCCACGAUCCAUACAGAAAGAUCAUUGUGUAUACGGCUCCUCAAUUAAUAAGCGACGAUUAAAAUUUUUUUAGUAUUGAAGUUCGUUUGUAUU